AUGGAAGUCCGCGCCAGCGCACCCAGACAGUUUGUGGUGCAUCUCAACGACCUGUCUUGGGAUGAGCAGAGUUCACCAAAGCCACCGCCAUUCCGGACUCAAAGUGAGCUGUUGCUGGAUGAGUUCCUCACCAAUGGCUGUGUCACACAAACUGAUCCACUUCAGGUUUGGGAGGCACCGGACUCGCGGAGCACCAUGACCAACCAAUGGGUGAGCUAUGUCAAGGGUGCUGCGCGGUCAGCAACAAUGUUGUUCCUGGCAAGCUUUUCCAUCAGAUACCACUGGGACUUUGGCAGCCUUUUCCCAGAGCUGCAAAGAAGUAUGUGUGCCAUCCAUUGCCGUCGUGGUGAUUGCGCAAGCGACAUUGCCAGCAAUGCCAAAGAAUGUGCAGCAAAGAGCAUCACCAAGCAACACUGUGCACUCACUUGGCUUGGAAAGUUGAACUUGGUGAAGAACCGUGAUGCUUACACGCCGACCGAGCUGAUCAAAGAUUGGAACCGUACAGCCACAAACCAAUCCAAGCUCCAAGGGAACAAGCACUCAGCGGUUCUGGCUUUGCUAGCUCUGGAUCAGAAGGCCAUUGAGUUCCUGCUGGGUCAUUUGAAUGAGUUUGGAAGCCAAGGCAAUGCUUUCAGUGAGACAGUGUGGGCAUCAAAGAAGAUUAUGCCAGGUGGUGGGCCACGUGGUUUUCCGAAGGAGUGGAAUGCUAGGUUGACUAUGACCAGCGAGGCCUUCAUGCUCUUGCUCAGGUAUGUUGAUGCCCAGCGCCGUUCCAAGCUGGAAGGGGCACGGGUCAAGGCUGAGUUAGUCCAGCAGUUUCUGGAGGGCAAUAUGAAUCUGGAGUUGGAACUACAGAAUGCACUGUCGCAGGAGCAAUCAAAUUUCAAGCCUGCGGACAUACCGUUGGUGAAGGGACUGAUGGCGAAACAUGCUGCCAAUGCUGAUGAUGAAAUGGCCCGACUGGGCCUGAUCAGACAUGAUAUUGAUGUUUACCGUGUGUGGCUUACCAGAUCCAGAGACAGAGAAGCUGCUGUCUACCACCAAGCAUUCCAGUGGAAGAUUUCAAGGCAGUCCCGAGCCAAAGAUUUGGCUGAUGCGAUGUUGACCCGAGCCUCGGAGCAUUGGCGGAUUGAGAUGUCGGAGCUUGAGAAUGCUAAUAGUGCCGCCAGAUUUGUCAAUGAUUGUAUGCGCCAGAUUUUGAAGCUUGAACAACUCAAGGCAGAGGACCUGGUGGCGGUGGUCCUUCUGAAUUGGGCAGAGAGCUGCCAGAAACUGCUUGGGCAGAACAACAUCAACCUUGAUGGUGUGGCAGUGUUGCCAUACAAGGGGCGGUGCGAUGACCGCAGCAAGAGGUCACUGGUUCACACUGCCCGGGUUUGCUUCACACUGUCUGAUGACAUCUACAAGCUGGCAAGUGAGCACUUUGCCAAGAGUUCCAUCAUCCGCAAACCGCUGUGGAAAGAAGCUGAGCUUCCUUCCUCUAAAGAGCUUCUGACCAUUGAGGAUAUGUCUGAUUGUGCUUUGCCCAGCAGCACAGAUGCAUCGACCCAUCCAUCACAAGCUGAAAAGAAUCAGCAGAUUGGUGUGGCUGCGGCCAGGAACAUCAUCAAAGCUGUCCUGAAGAUAGAGAACUCUGCAUCUGUUGCAGCGGCCAGGUCAUCGACCCUCAUUGUGGAUCUGACUGUGCACACCUGUGACUUCAGUCGGGCGGCGGCGCUUGAGAAGGACAACCAAUUCCUUUACUACCUUGGGUUGCGCCGCAAUGUUGGUGAGGAGGAAUGGUCCAGAACCUACAUGAAAGAAUUUCUUACCCAGGGUCUUCUGGAGGGUGCCAUCCCUGGAGUGACACUCCCUCCUGAGGAGGUGCCAGCAGACUUGAAGGAAACCAGCCCUCCUUUGCCGACACUUAAUGCCUUGGUCCUCAACAAACAGGUCAAAGUGGAUGGGUUGGUGACCCUCAAGGCUCCAGACAAGGUUCUUGCAUCUUGGGGAGAACACCCCGCCUUUGGGCCAGAGUUCUGGCAAGUCAUCAAUGAGGCUCGAUCGACACUGCCAUUGGAUGUUACAGAUUCCAAAAAGCGAGACAGUGAUGGGCUCCCGCUACCACCUGGAAAGCUGCCAAAGCAUGAGGCAACUGGCACCCCAAAGAAAGAAGAGACCAAAGGUGAAGCCAAAGCUGAGAUCAAAGAGGCGAUCAAGAUCAGUGAGAUGCCGACUCCGUUGACAUGGGAGGCCUCUUUGAACCUUUCCAAGACCAAGGGGCAGGUGUCCUUGGUCAUCACGCUUGGAUCCAGGAUUUGGUUGGUCAACCGCGGCCCGAAAGAUGUCAUUUUGCACAAGAAUCAUGUCAUUGCUGGUUUCCAUGCUGGCAAAUGGUGGCACAAAGCCAAUGCGCAAGAUGGAGUCCGAGAGGUGGACAUAUUGCAUGACCUGGCCAAUGCGAGCACUCUGGUCCAAUGCAAUGGCACUAUCGAAACUCUUGGUGAAGUGAUCAAGGCAAAGCGCAGCACAAAUCCUGAUGUGACUGUGCAAUAUCACCACAUCAAAGAUGCCCCAGCUGAUACAGAUCCGGCAUUUUUCCAGAUGGAGCGAGACAAGAGCAUCUAUUUCCAGGUGCAGGAGAUUCCGGCCAAAUCGGUCAUGAAGGAUGCACAGGGCAAGGCAUGCGUCAGCUUUGACAAGAUGGCUGGCUGCAUCAGCUUUGACAAGUGGAGCACACCCUUUACUGAGAUGAUUUGGGUUGUCAAAUGGAGCCCAACAGCAGCCAAAGGACUAGUGCCGUUUCGCCCCAUUGUGAUCCUCACUCGUGAUGUUUCUGUGCCUCCCGACUGUGCAAUUGAAUUGUCGGGAUCAUCAGCUGCUCCGGCAGCAUGA